AGCCUUACCCGCCCGCGCCGCCCCCACGCAGGGCGGACCCCGCGCGCUUAUUCUGCCCGAGAGCGGCGCAGGGACGAGCCCGUUGCCCACAGCCGCCACGGGAUGCUGCGCUCCACGUCCACCGUCACCCUGCUUUCGGGCAGCGGUGCUCGGACGCCUGGGGCGCCCAACCGGAGGGCAAAUGUCUGCAGAUUACGGCUGACUGUACCUCCCGAGGGUCCAGUUUCUGAACAAAGUGAAAAGAAGUUUGAAAGAAAAGAACAACAUCCAGACCUAAGCAAUGGAGAACCAACUAGGAAACUUCCUCAGGGUGUUGUCUAUGGUGUGGUGCGAAGAUCUGAUCAGAAUCAGCAGAAAGAAAUGGUGGUGUAUGGGUGGACCACCAAUCAGCUGAAAGAAGAGAUGAACUACAUCAAAGAUGUGAGAGCCACUUUGGAAAAAGUAAGGAAGCGAAUAUAUGGAGAUUAUGAUGAAAUGAAACAGAAGAUUCACCAGCUCACCCAGGAACUGUCAGUUUCACAAGCUCAGCAGGACUAUCUAGAGAAUCACAUCCAGACACAGUCAUCAGCCCUGGACAGUUUUAAUGCCAUGAACUCGGCUUUGGCUUCGGACUCCAUUGGCCUGCAGAAAACCCUUGUGGAUGUUACUUUGGAAAAUAGCAGCAUUAAGGAUCAAAUCAGAAAUUUGCAGCAGACGUACGAAGCAUCCAUGGACAAGCUGCGGGAAAAGCAGAGGCAGCUAGAGGAGGCGCAAGUGGAAAACCAGCUGCUGAAAAUGAAGGUGGAAUGCUCUCAAGAAGCCAAUGCGGAGGUGAUGAGAGAGAUGACCAAGAAGCUGUACAGCCAGUAUGAAGAAAAGUUGCAUGAAGAGCAGCAGAAGCACAGGGCCGAGAAAGAGGCUCUCCUGGAAGAAACCAAUAGUUUUCUGAAAGCGAUUGAAGAAGCCAAUAAGAAGAUGCAGGUGGCAGAGAUGAGCCUAGAGGAGAAAGAUCAGAGGAUUGGAGAACUGGACAGGCUGAUCGAACGCAUGGAGAAGGAACGACAUCAACUGCAACUCCAGCUCCUGGAGCAUGAAACAGAAAUGUCAGGGGAAAUCUCUUAUUCUGACCAGGAAAGGUAUCAGCAGCUGGAGGAGGAGUCUGCCAGUCUCCGUGAACGCAUCCGACACCUGGAUGACAUGGUGCAUUGUCAGCAGAAGAAGGUCAAGCAGAUGGUUGAGGAGAUCAUGUCACAUGAGCUCUUCUCCAGAUUUAGUCUCCGGUUCUUUGGAAGAUGAUAAAAUGGUAGCCGGUUCGGGGUUGAAAGCGAUUCCUUUUAUUGAUCGUGAUUAGAAGAAAACUUGCACCCUCUCUGCUGGGAAGAGGUGACAUGUAUCUGUGAUGAGCCAGUGAACAAAACAGGAAUGACAUGCUAUUGAAAUGAAAAUUUGGCCGUGUAGGGCUUUCAUUUGUGAAAACACCCCUUCAAACUGCAGAGUCAAGAGAAUUCAAAGAUCCACAGAGUAUUUUAGAAACUUGGGUUCUUAGACAUCAAAGAAGGAGCUACGGUGAAAAAAACAAUACUAAGAACAAAUUCAGAAAAUAACAGGUGGCCGCUGGUCCUUAUAUCUUGGAAAAUGGGAGACUGACUUAUGGAAAAACUAAGGACACUUGCUAAGGUGAUGGAAGGCGGGCUUGAAGACCUUCAGUGCUCCGGGAAGGAAGUGCUGCCGACAGCAUCAUGCCCCUGAAAAUACAGAAGCAGCCAAGUGUCUGUGUAGUUUGAUUCUAUUUGUAUGUGGGAGGUGGCCCUGAGCAUGUCCCUUCUGGAUGGAGACCAACAGCUGUAGUCAACUUAGCCCUCAUAUUGUUUGUUUAAGAAAUGUUGGUUUGCUUUUGUUACUGCGGGCAUCUUGCCUGAACAGACGGUCCAACUAACUUCAUGACAAGAAGUAUAUCAGCAAAAAGGACUAUUUUCAGCUGAAAUAUAUUCAAGUUAAAUGUAUUUCAUGUAUGAUUUCUUUUUCUAUUGGUCUUCUUGAGACAUCCGCAUGUGCUGUUAUUACAUCAAGAAUUGACAGUGUUGUUGAAACUGGUUGUGGCAGUGGAACAGCCUGGGUAGACUGGGUGGUGUUAGCCUACAUCAGCCAGUGGACUGGGCUAGUGGAGGGGGUUCAUUAAGGUGCUGGGUGUCACUCUGGUGUUGGGUUCUCCACUCCUACCUCUUUUCUGUGGCAUAGCAGGCAGGUAAAUGGCUUCUUGUCAGUAUUUGUCUUUGGUCUUCCAUUUAGAUUCUUCUCCCAGCGUUAGCAAAUGGGAAAGAGAGGGGAAAGGCUGCAGUAGAUAAUUUCCCACAUUUAUAAAUGAACUGUCAUUGCAUUUAAGCAGAAAUCUGGCAUAGAUUAAAUAUGGCAUUUAAUCUCUGAUUAAAUGCUUCCUGGAGACUCUGAUAGGUAUUCCAUAUUUGAGAAUUGCUAAUCUAGGUGUCACUCUAGCUUGGUGUUCUAAGGAUACCUUACUGUACGGAUGUUUACUUAAAUCCCUGGUAUACAUUUGUUCCAGUGGAAUAGAUUCAUUGCCCAACUUCAAAAAAUGAAAUAAUGUGAAACCAGGGACUGUAGUAGCUUGUAGAGUAAGUGGGUCAUCCAUGGUAGCUGCCCGCUCCAGGAUGUCACCCUUGGAAUGCUUCUCUCUUUUGGACUAUAUACACAGUACCUGGAAGUCAGAUAGCUGUUAUUUUUAUGGAGUAGAGAGUGAGUGAGGUGCCAGGUGUCUUCCUAAGAAGUUGCACCUUCCUGAGAAGGGGCCUAAGAAUGCUCUUUAAGUGUUGCUGGCAUCUCUCAGACUGGCAGUGUGUCCUAAGUCACUUGGUGAUUUCCUGAGAUCUGAGUCCCUUGCUGACAGGACCUUCCUCCACUUACUCUUCCCUGCCUUGCUGGUAUCCCUCUGUUUGGCCUUUCCUGCAUUGAAUGUGAUUUGUAUGGACUUAACUUACCACCUGUCAAAAUGGAGUUAGGUGCUCAAAUCCUGUCCUGCUUCCCAGUCUCUCAAGAAUGACCUCUUAUAGUCACUCACACCCACACCUGGAAGAGAUGCUAUUCAAAAUUUGAGACAGAAUUUAUUUAUAAUAAUGAAAAAACACUUUACUCAUUUAUUUAUUCUAAA